AUGCACACCACAACUACUUCUACGUCUGUCCUUGCCGCUUCUGUCCCUGUCCCUGUUACCGCCUCUUCGUCGUCCAAGAAGAAGACCCCCCUUAUCGUCGUCAAGCGUAUCUCCCUCGUCGCCGAACCCAAACACAAGUCCACCGCCUCUUCGUCUUUGUCUUCUUCGUUGCCUCCAAACAGCAGCAACAACAGCAGCGUCUACAACUUCAGCCCUCACGGCAGUCGAGCUGCCAGUGCAACGACCUUGAGCCACUUUGCGUCAGAACACUCAGCCCAUCACCGUAGCCACAGCCACGACCAUCAUCGCCACCAUGUUCACCGCAAGAACCGAUGCUACAUUACUAGCGAUGUACCUCGUAUUCGCGACCAUGCCCAUCACCACACCCGAUCUGCCGACAUGAGUGUUCUUUCUCUUGAGCGUACGACAACGGCUUCUUCUGCAACCUCCUCGACGUCUUUUACCUCUUCCUCUUCCUCUUCCUCUUCUUCUUCAUCUUCGUCUGCUGCCUCUGCUUCAUCGACCUCGUCGGCUGAGGAGAAGGAGGGCGAGAAGGAGGGGGCUAGUGAGAAGAAAAAGUCUGUGGUUCGGUCUUUGGGCAAGAAACUUCGCCAUAUCAUGAACAAGGCUUAA